AUGUUGAAUCUUAGGGGAAGGGCAUUGAGGCUUGCCAUAGCCACAAGCUCUGGCAGUGCAUAUCUAUUGUUCGGCUACGAUCAGGGUGUCCUCGGCGGCCUUGUCUCGCAACCAAGCUUUCUCUCAGCAAUUGGAAAUCCCACAUCUGGCUUCCUCGGAACCAUUGUUGCUCUCUUUAACAUUGGGUGCCUUGGAGGAUGUUUGAUAGCUGCAAUCUGGGGCAAUCGCCUCGGCCGCAAGCGGACAAUCAUAUAUGGAUGUCUCACCAUGAUUGUUGGUGGCAUCAUCCAGGCGAGUACCUUUGGUGCUGGUCAGCUCAUCGCAGGGAGGAUAAUAUCUGGCAUCGGGAAUGGGCUAAACACGUCGACCGUGCCAGUGUAUGUCUCUGAGACGUCGAAGAGCACUGUCCGAGGACGGUCUCUGGCCAUUCAGAUGUCGAUUGUUAUUUUCGGUACUGUUGUUGCCUACUGGCUCGACUACGGCAUGAUCCGUACCCAGACAGGAGAUGUUGUCUGGCGCUUUCCACUCGCAUUCCAGGAUGUAUUCGCCAUAGUCACCAUUUUAUUAAUGCCUUUGAUCCCGGAGUCACCCAGAUGGCUAUAUUCCAAGGGACGGAGAGAGGAGGCUGUUCAAUCGCUUUCGCGUAUCCUUGAUAAACCCGAUGAUCAUGCUGAUGUGGUUUCCAUCAUCAAUGAAAUGGGACAUGCCGUCUCCCUUGAGCAAAAUGACUCCAGUCUCAGCUUCCGUAGCAUCUUCUUCGACAACACCAGCAUGAAGAACGGAAGGAGGCUGGUACUCUGCUUCCUUAUCCAGCUGUUCCAGCAAUUCACUGGCAUCAACGUCAUUGCAUUCUACGUCACCAUUGUCCUCGAGGCAAACGUGGGUUUAACUCGGGAAACGAGCAGCUUAGUUGCUGGCUUCAUUCAAAUUGCCUUUUGGGCUGGCACAUUCCCACCGAUGCUUCUGAUGGACCGGCUGGGUCGACGCAAAGUACUCAUGUAUGGAUCAACCAUGCUGGGUAUCACGAUGGUGCUAUUCACAGUCGCAAUUGCGCUCGCCACUCCGGCCUGGUCUCGCCUAGCACUUGCUAUGUUGGUCAUAUACGAGUUCUCGUUUGGCAUGUCCUGGAAUAGUGUCCCUUGGCUCUAUGCACCGGAGAUCACGCCGUUGAACCUUCGCCAUGUGGGAGCAGCCGUAGGAUGUUUCUCGGAAUGGCUUUGGACUUUCGUGAUUGCCUAUAUGACCCCUGCCGCCAUUGAGAAUACCGGCUGGAAGAUCUACCUUCUGUUCUGCAUUAUGAUCGCAUUGAGUAUACCCUUUGUGUACUUUUUGCUGCCAGAGACCAGUGGAAAGACACUGGAGGAAAUCGACUAUAUAUUUGUCAAGAACAGAGCACCACAAGGCACACAAUCCGCCACCUCCCGCUCAUCAGUUGAGUUUGAAGUAAAGGCCGACGGUAGGGAUGGUCAGGUUGAGCACGUCUAGUUCAUGGCGACAAGUAUAGGGUUGAGAUAUACCAAAGGAUAGUAGUUACUUCGUAUAGGAUGGGUGUUAUGGGUAUAGAAUCAAAACAAAAAUAAGAUACAAC